UUAAAACCAACUCUAAAGGCACAAACUUCCAACCAUACCAUUAACGCGACAGUCAUGGCUUCCAGUGGUAGAGAACCGUGGCGUUUGGUCCUACUGGGCAAGACUGGGGUUGGCAAAAGCGCUACAGGUAACACCAUUCUGGGUGAGAAAGUGUUUGAGUCUGAAGCCAGAGCCACCUCUGUUACCACUUAUUGCUCAGAAAAAACAAAAGUGAUUGAUGGCCAAACUGUUACAGUCAUUGACACCCCUGGUUUGUAUGAUACAAACAUGACUGAAGAUUUUAUCAUCAAAGAGACUGUAAAAGGAGUCACGAUGGCUGCUCCUGGACCUCAUGCCUUUCUUCUUGUGAUUGAUGUGAGGCGUUUCACUGAAGAGGAGCGCGACACCGUCAGAAAAUUCCAAGAAAUCUUUGGUGAUGCAGUGCACAAGCACAUGAUUGUGCUGUUCACACGUGGAGAUGAUCUUGAGUAUGAAAACAAGACUGUGGAAGAUUUCGUAGAAGAUGCUGGACCUGACAUGGAACACCUGAUAUCUGCUUGUGGAGAGAGGUAUCAUGUGUUCAACAACAGGGAGAAGGACCGCUCUCAGGUGAAAAUUCUCUUCAAGAAGAUUGAGAAGAUGCUGAAGGCUAACAAUCACAGCUACUACAAUUAUAAGCUGUUUAAAAUGGCAACAUGUCUUAAAGAUGAGAAAGCAUCUAACAGAGAUAGAGAGAGGAGAAUAGCUGAACUGGAGUCUGAAUUGCGGGAACUGAAAAGGAAAAAUAGAUCUCUGUGUAGUAUACUGUAGUAGAAAUUAAUAAUAUUCACCUCCAGAAACGGAAGAGCAGAAAGAACAUAAUCUAAGCUGGUAUACACUCUGAAAAUUGUAUAUGUUUUACUGUUAUACCAUCUGUAAUAUUUCUUUUCUUUUUUUUUAAUCAUGAGAUGUGCUUAUAGAAAAACACACCUUUAAGAAUUGAAUGUUCCCAGCAUUCUGAUCUGUUCUGUCUUAUCUUAUUUCAGCAGAUGUUUUAGGCGACUAACAAAUAAACCUACUGCUGUAUAUGUGGGCAGUUGGUAUUGGAAGUGAAAAUCUGACUGUGUAUAUAAAAUAACUAUCAAUUUUAUCUUUGGAUUUUCUGAAAAAAAAUGUUAAAAUCUUUCAAUAAAACUAAUGCUACAUU